UUUUUGUUUGAAGUCAACAAAUCAAGGAGAAGAGGCACACAGAAGAUUUGUUUAUCUGUUUUUAAUAAGAAAAGUUCUAUUAUUAAUGCAAAUGUAUGCAUGAAAAAAAAGCCGGAGAAACGUUGAAUAUUAACGUUACGUAUAAUGGUUUUAUCAGAGCUAGGUGACACAUUGGCUUCAAUCUAUUCACAAUUAAGUAAUACGUUAAUUGUAAAUGAUGAGAUUUUACAAAACUGUUUAAAAGAAUUAGCUAAAGCAUUGCUUCAAGCCGAUGUCGGUGUACGUAUUGUUGCAGAUUUCCGUAAUAAUGUAAAAAAAAAAAUACUUUCGGGAGAUGUCUCUAACAUAUCAAAGAAACGUGAAAUACAAAAAGUAAUUGUUGAGGAAUUGGUUGCAAUUUUAUCAUCAUCCCGUACACCUUAUAUUCCACGCAAAGGAAAAUGCAACAUCAUUAUGUUUGUUGGAUUACAAGGUAGUGGUAAAACAACAACAUGUACGAAAUUUGCUUACUUCUAUCAACGUAAAGGUUUUAAAAUCGCACUUGUAUGUGCUGAUACGUUUCGAGCAGGAGCCUUCGAUCAACUUAAACAGAAUGCUACAAAAAUUGGUGUUCCAUUUUACGGAAGUUAUUCAGAGCCUGACCCCGUCAAAAUUGCUCGAGAAGGUGUAGAAAGAAUGAAAAAAGAGAAUUUCGAUAUGAUAAUUGUGGAUACGUCUGGACGUCAUCAUCAAGAGGUCGCUCUUUUUGAUGAAAUGCGGCAAAUAGCAACAGCAGUGAAACCUGAUGAUAUUGUUUUUGUAAUGGAUAGUCAUAUAGGUCAAAGUUGCUUUGACCAAGCAGCAUCUUUCACAGCUGCUGUGAGUGUGGGCUCUGUAAUUAUCACUAAAUUAGAUGGUCACGCCAAAGGUGGUGGAGCUCUUUCGGCAGUAGCUGCAACAAAUGCUCCAAUCAUUUUCCUAGGCACUGGUGAACAUUUUGAAGAUUUUGAAUUUUUUAAUGCAGAAUCUUUCGUUUCUCGUCUUCUUGGCCUCGGAGAUAUGAAGGGGUUAUUAACUACAGUAGCGCAGGCAGUACCUUUAGAAAAACAACCUCAAAUGCUAAAUCGGUUAGCACAAGGUUUAUUUACUUUAAGAGAUAUGAGAGAUCAAUUUAAUAAUGUAUUAAACAUGGGACCUUUAAGUCACGUCAUGUCGAUGAUACCUGGAGUAGCGUCGAAAUUGAUUCCUAAAGGUUGGGAAAAAGAAGGAACUGCUCAAAUUAAGGGAUUUUUAACAAUUAUGGACUCCAUGACAAACGCAGAACUAGAUGGAGUCGUACUCAUGACGGAGUCUCGUAUUUACCGUGUUGCUAUUGGUUCUGGGCAUUGUGUCCAAGAGGUAAAAUUCAUGCUUGAGCGCUACAAGGAAUUCUCGAAAUUUAUUGGAAAAUUAGGAAAAAUGGGUUUGGGUAAAAAGGGAAUGGAUAUGACACAGAUGAUGCGUAAUCCUGCUCAAUUGAUGCAAAAUAUUGAAAAAGCUGUUGAUCCUAGAAUAUUAAAGCAAAUGAAAGGCAGCCAAAAUAUGAUGAAUAUGAUGCGCCAGUUUGAUAAGAUGGAAAAUAUGCCGGAUGUUCAGCAGCUUUUAAAAAGCAUGAGGGGUUUUGGAAAUUAAUGCGUUUUAAUUAAUUUUUGUGUACUCAUUGGACAAAAAAGUUUUGUUUUUUUCAAAUGCUGCAAUUGUUUACAGGUUUUGUUAAAAAAAAAUAUAUAAACUGCUUUUUAUUUUUGGUAUGUAUUCCUAAAAGAAUUUUAUUUUUUAAGCCGUUUUCAAAAAAAAAAAAAAUUUCAGUGUCUAUUGAUUCACGAAUACACUGAAAUGAAUUUAAAUGUCUCGUAAAAUUAACUC